UUUUGUAGGUGUUUGACACACUUGACCUGAAAAGGAAAGUAAUUUUCAAGCCUAUUCAUUUGGGUCCACCUAUAAUAAAAUACAGUCAACAUAUUCGAAAAAAAUUAAUACGUCCAAAGUUAAAAAAUAUUUAAUCAUCAUCACUUCUUGAAAACAAAAUAAAAAUCAAAAGUAAAGAAAAAAAAAAAGUCAGUAGGCCACAAAAUCCUUCAGUUCAGGAGGAAGAAGACGACUCUCCAUCUUCGUCUCAGAAAAUCUCCCAAGAUGGGUAAAAACGGACGGCUCAGAUGGAACCCUUUCAGCCACAAAUCGUCUUCUUCUUCCUCCUCAACAUCUUCCCGACAACAACAACGACAACAACCUCCUGUCGAAUUCCUCUGUCCGAUUUCGAAAUCAAUAAUGUCUGACCCUGUUGUUGUGUCUUCCGGUCAAACCUUCGAACGUGUCUGUGUUCAAGUCUGCCGUGACCUAAACUUUAUCCCCAAACUCAACGACAACGACGACGACAACGACGACGACGACGACGACUCUCAACCCGAUUUCUCCAACGUCAUCCCUAACCUAAACAUGAAAUCAACAAUCGACACUUGGUGCUACAGCGUUGGCGUCUCACGUCCUCAGCCACCUGAUUACUCCACCGUCGAGCGAAAUCUACGGCAACUGAUGCCUCUACCGGACGUUGAGAUUCGUGUCUCCGAGCAGGAGCUUCUCAGAGCUGUAGCUCACCGUGCUCCGAUGAUAAUUCACCACGCUGAUUCUGAACUCAUGGGAAGGAGAGACUUCAACUCCACGAGCUCUUCUGAUGAAUCUGUAAUCGUCGCUCAGCAGAGUCCAUUCAUUCCUCUUCCUCUAACGACCAGACCCGCUUGCUUCUCUCCGUCCCCAUCAUCCUGUUCCUCCGAAAUUGAAACCCUAACGCUGCACAGUCCAGAAGAAGACGAAGUGAUUUACGACAAGCUUAAGAGUAAUGAUAUUUUUGAUCAAGAACAAGGUUUGAUUAUGAUGAGGAAGAUGACUCGUACUAGCGAUGAAGCUAGGGUAUCACUUUGUUCUUCUCGGAUUCUUUCUUUAUUGAAGACUAUGAUUGUUUCCAGAUACUCUCUAGUGCAGACAAACUCUUUAGCUUCGCUUGUGAAUCUUUCUUUGGAGAAGAAGAACAAAUUGACCAUUGUUCGUUUGGGAUUUGUUCCCAUUUUGAUCGAUGUUUUGAAAUCGGGAUCAAGAGAAGCUCAAGAACAUGCUGCUGGUACAAUUUUUAGUCUCUCUCUUGAAGAUGAUAAUAAAAUGCCCAUUGGUGUUUUAGGAGCGCUCCAGCCAUUGCUUCACGCGUUACGAGCUGCUGAUAGUGAUAGGACACGGCACGAUUCGGCCCUUGCGCUUUACCAUUUGUCCUUGAACCAGACGAAUCGGUUGAAGCUCGUUAGGCUUGGAGCUGUUCCCGCUCUUUUCUCCAUGGUUAGGUCCGGUGAAUCAGCGAGCCGAGCGUUGCUGGUGAUUUGUAAUUUAGCUUGUUGUAGCGAAGGGCGAUCGGCUAUGCUUGAUGCGAAUGCGGUUGCGAUUCUUGUGGGGAAGCUAUGGGAAGAGAGAACGGAGGAGGCUACAGAGGCUCGAUCUUCUUCUUCGGCGCGUGAGAACUGUGUGGCAGCAUUGUUUGCGUUAAGCCAUGAGAGUCUUCGAUUCAAGGGACUAGCGAAGGAGGCAAGAGCUGUGGAUGUGUUGAAGGAAGUGGAGGAGAGAGGAACGGAGAGAGCGAGAGAGAAAGCAAAGAAGAUUCUACAGUUGAUGAGAGAGAGAGUGCCGGAGGAUGAGGAUGAAGACGGCGAAGGAUCAGUUGACUGGGACCGAGUUAUCGACUCAAAUGGUUCAAUUCGGUCUAGGUUCCGAGUUGGUGGUCGAAAUAGAAUGUUCACUCAGAACUCAUCUGGCUUCUAAGAGUGGCAUUCCAUUUGUUGUUUGUAUAGACAUUGAAAAUGUAUGAUUGACAAUUUUUGUAACUUUGACUUCUAAAUAAUUGCAAUGAACAUGACUGAUGUUAAAUA